AUGGCUGAACCAAACUUCUUUAGCGAUCUCAUCACAAGCAAGUCUGUCAGUCGCCACAACAUGUGGAACGGCAUUGACAAUCAAGGGCGUAGCAGGCCUGGAGUCCAUCAGAAUGCAUACGCUCCCAACGUGAGGCACCUCAACUAUGUCGCUUCUUCUGGAACGUCACCAGGCCUCGUCGUCCGGCAGGGUCCGAGCCAAUCUCAUCCGCUUCCAGAGGUGGUAGAUGACGAUGAAGACGAUUAUGAAGAUGAUAUCGUCUUGGCGGAUGAAAGCGAGCUGGAAGAUGCUGAACCUUCCAAAGAGGUGGACGAUGCUUCCGCGAAGAAUCAUGAUGCAGCUAGUACGGAUAUGGAAGACAAAGAAACACUUUUACUUGCGCGAAAAUUUGGCCAGGACUCACGAGCUAAACGAUUGGCAAAGAAAGUCGAGAUUGAAAAGAAUAGUCACAAUCAGUUGAGUUCUCAGAGUAUGGAUAUGUUAGAAUCUUUGAAAGCAUUGAAGGAAUCUUCAAACAUGAGGAUCAUGGAUGUGGCUUACCGAGUGUUUGAGGGAAUCAAUCGCGAGCUGGAUAAAGCCAUCGCUUUUGGAAAGGAAAAUCGGAGUGUCACAUUUGGAGGAGAAACAACAUCAGAUCGAAUGGUUCCGAGGAAUCAUAACGGGCGUGCUUGUGAUUCCUUGUCGCAGACGACGUUGGGGCUGAUACUCGGAGAAAAGGCUGGGAUGCAGUGCACCAUUUUGGACUUCGUUCCUGGAUCUCCAGGAUACCUCAACGACAAGAUUCGAAAGGGUGACAUCAUCCGCCGGGUAAAGGUCCUGAUCGCGCGUACAGACUCGCUGACGGAGUCUUGGCACGCUUGCCAGGUCAACGACGUUGAAGCGAAUGCAGAGAACAUAGAGGCAUUGCUGCGUGGUAACGAUGUUCCUGGAACGACAGUCGGGCUGUUGAUUGAAAGAAGAAGCCGAAAAAGACCGUUUGACGUCAACCUGACCAGAGCUCCUGUCAGUUUUGUUCAGUCGAAAUCUCAAGUACACGAGAAGUUACAGCAACUUGCAAAUGCGGCGAGUCUGACGGGAGAGGAAGCUCCUAUUGAGAGCAAUUCUCUGCUUCGGGACAUCAGGAAACAGAUUGAUUCCAUUGAUCGCGAAUACAUGGAGAAGGAGCACGUCCUGCAUCCGAACCAUUACAACUCAAAGAUGCAGCUUCUCAGUGAAGCUACUGAGGAGUUAGAACUGUUGAAGGCUGAGAAAACAAGCCCAGAGUCCAACGCGAUGACUGAUGAACCAAAUGUCGACGGAAAAGAGGCCCAGAUCGAUGGGGCACCUAGUUCAGCGGAACUCGAAAGGCUCAAAGAAAUCAUAAAAGAAAGAGAUGCCAACGAAGCAUCUCUGAGAGGAGAACUUGAAGCUUUGGCAAGUCGUGUUAAAGAAGAAGAAAAGCGUCAGAAUUCUAUUGAGAAUGAGCUCGGAAAUUGUGGCGGUCAAGUAGCAAGACUAGAGAGUGACUUGGUGCACAUCAGGUCUGAGAUGUAUAGACUGAUGGACACUGAAGCAAAGGUUCGAUUGCUUACAAUCAGCCAGGAGACAGAGAUUGAGAGAUUGAGCGCUGAGUUGCAAUCAUUGCACUGCCUGAAAGAGCAGAACAUCCAACUAGACUCCGAGGUCAUGUCAAGAGACAUCACCAUCUCGGAGCUCGAGACGUGUUUGAAACAGCUCGAAUCCGAGAUCGCUGACUUGCGGUCUCAGCUGCAGGCCAAGGGCGAGGCCGGCAGCGCUGAGUCAGCGAUCUCGGAGGCACAGACGAAGGAAGACUUGGAGAAGACGGGGAGACUCCGCGAGUUGGAAAAGAUUGUUGAAGAGUUUCAAGUGACCAUCAUGCGACAAAGAGCUGACAUCGCCAUCGAGGAGCUCGCCAAGAUCCGCAAAGAGAACAUGCGGCUGUCCGAAAGCAUCGAGGAGCUGCACUCCCUCCGCCAACGAAACUCUACUCUUGAGACCGAGCUGGAGCAUAACGUCGGCGUCCAGCUGAGUGAGUUGCAGAAGUCGCUGCAGGGAGGAACGUCGACACAGGCACAGGGAGGGGCGAGCAUGAGUGCGCUCCUCCGGAACCUGCAGCGAGUAGAGCAGGAGAACCAAGAGCUCACGCGCAAACUGGAGCAGGAGAGAACCAACGUGAUGGAGCUAAGGGUGCUGCAAGACCAGUACGGGGCUGAGCGAGAGGCGCUGCUGGUGGAGCUCAACGGGGCGACGUCUGAGAGUCGCCUGGUCACUCUGAAAGCCAACCACGCCUCUGCUGCCAACUACGCGCUGCGCAUGGAGCUGGAGGAGGCGAAGCGGAAGAUUCAGACGCUAGAGGCUCUGAGCGAGGCAGAGCACUGGUUUCAACCCCCCGCACUCCGCCAGAGCUACGAGGCCUCUCACUCGCAAGGCCCCCGGACGUGGCGGCGAGAGGCGCAUGAGGAGGGGCUGCAUCGCGUGCAGUUCGUUCAAGUGCCGUACCAGCAGAGCUCGACGGACUCGACGGGCCGGAGGUCUCAAGACGUGCCGGUCAAGUUCGUGACGAGACAGUGA